GCGAUGCGUCUUUCGGCUUGAGAGCCGGGCCUCCCAGCUGUCCCAGGCUCUGUUUUACCUGAGGACUAAAGUCUACGGUCUCACUACCGUCCAGGGGCAGUUGCAGAAGGCCUCUUCCUGGGGGCAUUUUCCUUCUCCCCCCGCUAACGCUGGCCGCGGCGGCCCGGGAUCCUUGCCAGAUCCAGCCCUCUAGCCUGCUAUGUCUAAGAAAGGGAAAAAGGCCAAGACGCCCCUUUCGGAUGAGGAGCAGCUGCUGCUGUUCCAGCAGAGGUUGCUGGCAGAUGAGGAGGUGGCUAGGAGGAAGGAGCGGCUCCUGAGCGUGUUCCUGAAGGACAAGCUGGCCAAGGAGGAGCACAAUAGUGCUCUGAACCUUAAUAAGAUUAACACACAGUGGAGAACUGUUCUUCGAGAAGUCAAGACCAAAGAGCUUCAUAAGGACAUUGAGAUCCUCAGCCAAACAUUUGAACGAGUGGUAGACUGCAAGGACAGUGUUAUCAAGUCUUUAGCUAAGGACCUGUCAGAAGCUGAUGAGCAGUAUGCCCAUGCCCUGCGCAGCCACAUGCACAACAUUGACCAGCUGUUGGCCUUGCAGAGAUGCCGACUCAACCUCCUGGAGGAAAAUUACAGCAUGGAGCUGGAGACCCUAACCAAGGAGUUUGAGAUAGAAAGGAAGACAAUUAUUGAACAACAUGAAAAAGAGAUUCGCUACCUACAAGAUGUCUUCAUGGCCAUGGAGCAGAACUACAUAGAUUCUGAGUAUGAAAGCAAGCUGGAGUUCCAGAGCAUGUGGGAUGAUCUCAAAAACAAGAAUAUAGAAGAGAAGCACUUUCUAAGACUGCAACUAGAGAGUGUAGUAGAAGAUCUAUGGAGAAGGUUCCAGGAUGCACUUAAGAAUUACACUGAUGCCACAGAGGAUCGAAAGAUUGCCUUUGAGACUUUGAAAGUGAAGGAUGAGAAGAGCUCCAAAGACAUUGAAGUACAGAUGAAAAGAAUACAGAAACUACAGGAUUCCAUACUUAUUUUGAAAGGCAAGAUCAUGGUGCACAGCCGUGAGAGUGAAGAACAGAACCAGUACAUUCGUGAUGACAAGGAAUUGGUCCUUGUACAACUACGAAAACUUAAGGCCCAAAGGACUCAUGUCCGGGAAAUAGCACAGGAGAAUUUAGUCAAACUCACUCUGGAAAGUAAUGCCACCCUCAAAGUUCUGAGAGCGAUUGUUGAUAAGGGUGAAAAGAUCCUUAAACUUGCUGAAAUAUGUAGGAAAUUUGAAACAGAGGCAGAAAAAGUGCUGCCCUUUUAUUCUUCAAUAUUGACUCCGGAGGAGCAGGAGGAGAUAGAGGAAAUUAUCCCAGAGGAGCUUACUGAGGAGCUGGCAAAGGUGAUAGCAGACUACAUAGGGAUGGAUAAUUUCUGGAAAAGGUACAACAAAGUGAAACUAGAGCAACUGAGCCUUCAACAAAGACGUACCCAAUUGUUAGAGAUCAACGGGAAGCUGCGGGAGAUGCUCAAGCGGUACUUGGAUGGCAUUUCAGUGAGUGAUGAAGUGCUGAGCCAGCUCAACCCACUCUUCAUCGUCAACUACCGAAGCAACUUACCCCAGGCCUUGUCUAAACCUACAACCCAGCCAGAUGACAAAAAACGUUCAACCACUUACAACAUCAUUGAGGCAGCCCACGUGAUCUCCCAUAUCCUGUGAUACAAGGAGAAAAAUCUAUUUUCAUUCUCCAGAGAAUUUUUUGAGAGACCUGAGGACUUUGCUAUUAAAAAUUCUCAUAGAGUUCA